AUGGCCUCAGUCUCAGAGUUCAUCAGCAUCUGCUCUGCCCCCAUCCUGAAUGACAACAAGGUGAUGGUCACAGAGAACAAGAUCAGUGCCCUCAUUAAAGCAGCAGAGGUAAAUCUUGACCCUUUCUGGCCAGGCUUGUGUGUAAAGGCCCUGGCCAAUGUCAACAUCGGGAGCGUCAUCUGCAAUGCGGGGGCAGGUGGACCUGGUGCUGCACCAGCAGGAGGUCCUCUCUCCAUCAUGGCUGCCCCAGCUAAAGAGAAGAAAGUGGAAGCGAAGAAAGAAGACUCAAAAGAGUCUGAUGAUGACAUGGGCUUUGGUCUUUCUGACUAA